CGCUGGCGGAAGCGGCGUGACGGCAGCACCGCCCCGGCAAGAUGGCGGCGCCCAGCCUGCUCCGCGGGGGCCUGCGGCGGAUCUUCUCCGGGCUGCUGGGGGGCCGCUGGGCCGCGCCGCCCGCCCGCGCCCUCCGCCAGGUCGUGGAGGUCACUGAAGGCAACACGACCACAAUUGAAGGGAGAAUUAUAGAGGAAGCUGAAGCACCACCUCCUCCAAACCCUUCUGGCCAGUGUCCCAUCUGUCGCUGGAACCUGAAGCAUAAGUAUGAUUAUGUGGAUGUCUUGCUGCUGAGUCAGUUUAUCCGUUCAGAUGGAGGGAUGCUGCCACGAAGGGUCACAGGCCUCUGCUUGGAGGAGCACAAGAAGGUUGCUGUCUGUGUGCAGAUGGCUCACCGUGCAGGUUUGUUGCCAAACCACAGGCCUCCACUUCCUGAAGGCCAUGUUCCCAAGAAACCCAAGCUGAACAGGUACCUGACCCGCUGGCCCGUCAGAUCUGCAAAGCCCAUUUGGAAGAGGGGCCCUAAGUGGUGCAAAAAGCCCUUUCCAGUCGGACACCCUUUGCUGAAGGAUAAUGUCAAAUAUACACAAAAGCCUCUCUGUUUAAACCACUAGUGGCCAGAACUGGCAUAGUCAGUAAGCACAUGUUUUCCACAUGUUCUGCUGGUUUUUUUUUCCAAGUUUGUCAAUACCUCCAAUUUUCUUAUUCAAAAAUUGUCCUUAGUACUCUACAUUGUAUCCAGCUGUGAUUUCUUCCUCUAGGAGAAUACAAGAGCCAUCAAAGCAAAGUUCAGUGCGCAGGAUGAUUUGAUGAAAGCAAGGGGCAAAGACUUCUACCUCAGAGGCAGAAAAGAUUUGAAGGCUUUUGUUUCUUUAUGUUCCACAAAUAGGUUUGGGAAAGGAUGUUUUCUUCUUUUCCCAGCAGUGAAUGGUGUUUCCCCAUUAACGUGUGUUUCAGACUUGCCUCAUUUGUGCUCUUGUACCUGUGAGACAGAUGGAAGAAAAAUCUCUCUGCAGCACUAUAUUUUCUCAGCAGUAACAGAAGUUUUUAAUGACUGCUAAACUUAAUUUUUUUAUUAUUAUCAUCUGUACUACCCUUGAUUUGCAGCAGAACACCUGUGGCAGUGGCAAAUAGGUGUGUGUCUUACAUGUCCCCUUAAAAAUUCCUGACUUGUGCUUCACUUCUGAAUCUGGAAAAUACACAGUGUUGACAUCCUUCAUGACAUGGCCUGGGUUUUUUUUUGCCCCUGGCAAAUAAAUUUUUCAUAAAUCUUC